AUGGUGCGUUACUCAAUUCCCAUACCCAAAACGAAAAAGAGACGUUGUUUCAAACAGAUGGAUUUCGGGAAUGUGUUCAAGUUUAAGAAAAAAGACACGACUUAUGAGCUUAAAAACUUAACAAUAAAGCGUAAACAAGUCGAAGAUUCCAUCAACAGAACCUUCCAUGGGGUUGAGGCUGUUGUUAGAGAGGAUCUUGUUAGAAUCGAAGAGUAUCUUCCUUCACUCCAAAAUCUGAUAGACAACCUGAAUAAGCCUUGUAAUCGUGAGAUUAACUCUCGUUUCAUUAAAGCUCUCAAGAUACGAUGGAGCAGCGCCUUGAACUUACAUUGUAAGCCUUCAAGUGGUCUAAGCCUUACGAGUAUACUUAAAUCUCCAAUAUUCUUCCAAGUUUGUAGUAUUAUGUUUGAGCUUCAUAUGGUACUGUUUAUCUACGCUCUAAAGCUCAGGGAGAAAGCAAUUGCGUUAGUCUCCACAGAUAUGGUGGAAUCAGCAAAGGCUUAUAGAGAAGCAGCUGGUGUCUUUGAUCAUCUAUCUAAGUUAGGUCAUCCUGAUUAUUCAACUUGGGUGCCUAUUGAGAAGUUUCCGGAAUUGACAUCUUCGGUUUGCUCCUCCUUGGGACUCCUCUGUUUAGCUGAAGGGCAGGCUGUGACGGCGAAUAAGGCUAAAGAAAAGGGGAAAAGUGCAAAUCUACUUGCAAAACUCCAUUACGGCGUCUCACAAUUUGUUGCUGAAGCCAAUGCUUCUCUCUUAUCCAAAACUAACAUUCAAGCUAAAGAGCUCUCGUCUCGCUUCUUGGAUUAUGUAUCGACGUUGGGAGCUUUACAUGAGCUUAAGAGCGAAAAACACUUAGCGGAGAGCUUGGAAUCAGAAGGGCAAGUAGGUGAAGCCAUCGGGGUCUUGCGCCGUGCAUUGGCCAGAGCAAAGAAGACGACUCAAUCCAGAGACGAAACGUGGAAGUGUAUGUUCAAUAAUGAGAGAGGACAAGUGACUGAAGUGAUGAACAGGUACGAACGACUAAACAAAUCCAUGAUGCUUCAACGUAUACCUUUAGAAGCUGAAUUGCCUAAUCCACAAGGUGACAAGAUUGUUACGCUUAUUCCUUACCUUCUCAUCAAAAAGGGGAAAGAACUUAACUUUGAGCUCUCGUAG